UUCACUAAUAGGGGAAAAAAAACCAAUGUCCUUAAUUAAUCAGUUCAGUGAAGAAGGGAGAGAACAGCAAAAGUUCUUAGUGAAUCUGUUCUGUGCAGCAGCAGAGAGAGAACAGCAGACAGGAGAGAAGAUGCUGGAGAUGUUAGCAUCAGUCUGUAGAUAUGAAACUUUAUUAGGUCAUAAUAAUAAAUCUCAGAGUGACUUCCUGCUGGAUCUGUACUCCCAGAUGAAGGACAGAGAGACUAAAUUAGGUCUGAGUCUCCUUCCAUCAUUACAGUCAGUUUUCCAGUCAGCUCCUGAAAUCUGGACCAUAAAUCUCUCAGAGAGAAAGACCUCCAUCCUCCUGGAAGUGAUGAAACUCCAACCAGAGAAGAAACAAGUGAAGCUGACAGACCGCUCACAUGGAGAGAGUGAAGUGAGGAGUUUCCUGCAGUGUCUGCCUUUUAUCUCACAGCUCAGGUUUGAUCAUCAGAGCUCAGAUCUUCAUGAACAAUCCAGGUUUUUAGUGAAUCUGUUCUGUGCAGCAGCAGAGAGAGAACAGCAGACAGGAGAGAAGAUGCUGGAGAUGUUAGCCUCAGUGUGUAGAUAUGAAACAUUUCCCAUUUGGGACGAAUACAUUGAUGAUGAUUAUGUCAUGUAUCAGAGAGACUUCUUCCUGGAUCUGUACUCCCAGAUGAAGGACAGAGAGACUAAAUCAGGUCUGAGUCUCCUUCCAUCAUUACAGUCAGUUUUCCAGUCAGCAGCUCCUAAAGUCUGGACCAUAAAGCUCUCAGAGAGAAAGACCUCCAUCCUCCCGGAAGUGAUGAAACUCCAACCAGAGAAGAAACCAGUGGAGCUGACAGACUGCUCACAUGGAGAGAGUGAAGUGAGGAGUUUCCUGCAGUUUCUGCCUUUUAUCUCACAGCUCAGGGUUGAUGAUGGCACAUCUGAAGCUUCUGAACAACAAUCUUGUGAUUCUGAGGAGGAGAUGGCAGAAACUCAUUUGUCUGAGGACAAACCAGAGUUGAAGGAGUCUCCAUCAAGCUUCAGACCUGAAAUGAAAUCUGAACAUCUACAGGUCUCAUACAGGUUCAGAUUUCCUGGUCCAGGAGUGUUCCAGUGUUCUUUCACCAGUUUGGUGUUUGUGAUGAGCCAGGAAGCAGAGGUGCUCUACAGAACUAGACCGUGGCCUGAAAGCCUCCUUCAUUUAAGUAGUAAAACUCCAGCAGGGAUGCUUUUCAACAUCCAGUGCUCUGAAGGUGCCAUCAAUCAGCUCCACCUCCCACACUGUGAGACAAAGGAGGCUCUGUGUUUUAAUGGAUUGCUGUCAGUCGCCCACAUCACUGACGAUGAUGAAAUGACUAUUCUGCAACCAAUGAAGAUCACUGAUACCCACGUAUUGGUGGAUGUUCCCCAUCUGUCUGCCUUAGGCCUCAUAUGGGAUAACUUUUGUAGGUUUUUCCAGAUUAACCAGUCAGUAAACGGCCAAGUCUUGUUGUACCUCAGACCUCCAGGUAGAGGUCCUCCAACACUGGAUGUGCUUCUGCUGUGUCGGAACAUUCCACUUUCAGAGGUUUCUAAAGACCACGCUGAUUCUGAGUACAUUAAGGUCUCAUCUGACUGCAUUCUCAAUGUUGGCUAUAAAUACAGUGCACACUGUGAACCCAAGUCUUCAAAAAACCCUGAGCCUAAGCUGUUUCAAAACAUGUAUGGACCAAAUUUCCAUCCAACAUUUGUAGUCUACUUGACUACAAACCCAGAGAGUCUGACCUUGAUAAUCAAAGACCAACAUGGCACUGAAGUCUGGAAACAUGACAUUUACCUACCAGAUCCUCCAUCAUCAAGCAAUUCAGCAAGGCAUACAUCUGACACACUGAAGAAUGAAACAUCAAUAAAAGAUGAAAUCUUGAAAACUCUGAAGCAUUUGACUAAUGACGAUUUUGAGGAAUUUAAGUGGCACUUAAAGCAUGAAUCAUUUGGCAACAUCUCACCGAUCCAAGAAGCAGACCUGGAAAAUGCAAAGAGAUGGAAAGUUGUGGGUUUGAUAUUGCAGCACUUCAGGGGUGCUGGAGGAGCUUUGGAGGUGACAAUAAUGGUUUUAAAGAAAAUGGACCAGAACAACCUGGCGGAGUCAUUAGAAAAUUGGGCACCAUAAUCUCAAGAUUCUUAGUCCUCUCAGCGAGCUCCCAUUUGAACCUAAAGAUUCUUACCAAGGAGUCAUAGCUUAAGAGUGAUUCAAUCAGCUGCUGAGAGCAAAUCUAAGCGAGGAAUCGACAGAAGUUCCCAUCUUAUUGAGAAGGUGUGGUUGACCCCGUUCCUAGGUGUGAUGCUGACUUCUCUGGACUGUGAAUUAGUUCUUCUACUUCUUGUUUCAUGGUGGUUUCAAACUUAAUGGAGAACCAACUGAUGAGAAGUAUGGACCAACUGUUGCCAAAUAUUCAUGAUGCCAUAUACCUACCUUUUUUAUUUUGUGUUGGAUUUUGUAAAAUAAAAGUGCUCCUUUAAU